GAGAUCUCCAUGUGGGUGGCCAUCCAGUCCAUCUUCAAAGACGUCCGAGUAGUCAGCUGCCUGUGUCACUGGAUGCAGUCUGUCUGGCGUAAGUGCCAGGUGCUCGGCCUGGAGAUGGCAUACACACCUGAGCCUGCAGUCUCUGACUACAUCAAGCGCUUGAUAUCCCUUCCAUUCCUGCCUGCUGAGCACAUCCCUGCGGCGUUCCAAAAGUUGUCAAGACAAGCCAACAGUGUAACCCUUCAAGAACUGUGCAGUACAUCAGAGAGACCUUGAUUGAGCAUCCAAUCCGGACCCCCGCCUGGUCGGUUUUCAUGAGAGCAGCGCAAACAGACAACGAUACAGAGGGCUGGCACCAUAGGCUUAAUAGCAGAGCUGGUCAGCACAAUUUGGCAUUCUACCAUGUCUACUCUGUCGUCAAGCUACUGACGGAAAAGCAAGUUAUGCUGACCAACAAGUGUGAUUUGUCAAGGACUCUAAUCCAAGAGGUAUCAGAGGUGGCAGAAAUGAGGACUACGACCUGUGCAUUGUGGGCGGAGGUAUUGUGGGACUUGCAGCAGCGAAGGAACUUAAAGAAAGACACCCCAACCUUAAAUGUGCUGUGGUUGAAAAGGAGAAGGAACUUUCUAUGCACCAGAGUGGCCAUAACAGCGGUGUGAUCCAUGCUGGUAUUUACUAUUUACCUGGAUCUCUCAAAGCUAAACUCUGUGUGGAAGGUGCAGAUCUAACCUACAAGUACUGUGAUGAAAAUAAUAUACCAUACAAAAAGUGUGGAAAGUUAAUAGUUGCCCUUGAGCCAGAGGAGCUCCCACGACUAGAGGCCCUGUAUGAACGAGGUCAGAAAAACAAUGUGAAGGACAUGCGCGUGAUUGGUCCUGAAGAAAUCAGGGAGAUGGAGCCACACUGUCGGGGGCUGAAGGCAAUCAGCUCCCCACACACUGGCAUUGUUGAUUGGGCUGAGAUCGCCAGGUCAUUUGCCAAGACAUUCGCCGCCAGAGGAGGACACAUCUUCACUGAGUUUGAAGUCAAGGGAUUCCGCAUGGCACAAGAAGGUGCUGAAUACCCAGUAACGGUUCAAGGCAGCCAAGGGAGAUCUGUACGAUGUCGUUAUGUCCUGACUUGUGGCGGUCUGUUUGCGGACAGGUUGGCUCAACUCUCUGGCUGUAAUCCCAUUCCAAGAAUCAUCCCUUUCAGAGGAGACUACCUCCUCCUCAAACCAGAGAAAAACCAUCUUGUUAAUGGGAACAUCUAUCCAGUACCGGAUCCCAAAUUUCCAUUCUUGGGCGUUCACUUUACUCCUCGCAUCGAUGGCAGUGUGUGGCUGGGGCCCAACGCUGUAUUAGCUUUCAAGAGGGAAGGAUACAACUUGCUGGAUUUCAGCGUCAGAGAUUCAAUUGAUGCCCUCAGCUUCCGUGGUCUGCGCAAGUUAAUGUUCAAGCACUUAGCCUUUGGAGUGAGAGAAAUGUACAAAGGGAUCGUCAUUGCUGCACAGGUUAAACAGCUCCAGAGAUACGUGCCAGAGCUUAAACUACAAGAUGUCACAAGGGGUCCAUCUGGAGUAAGAGCCCAAGCGUUGGAUGUUAAAGGCAACCUUGUAGAUGACUUUGUCUUUGACGGGGGCGAGGGUGCCAUAGGCAGCCGCGUUCUCCACGUGCGGAAUGCCCCCUCACCGGCAGCUACCUCUAGUCUUUCUAUUGCCAAGAUGAUCAUCGACAAAGUGGAGUCUUCUUUUGCACUCUAGCCAAUGUGGAAGAUUGCCUGCAACAUGGCUGAGAGAUAGGGUCCUUUGUUAAUACUGUGGACCAACAAUUAAGGCCAUGUCCAAAAGUCAUGGCUCUGGCUGAAAAUGGCACCUAUGCUUAUGGAAGCCACUGGCUGGGAUCUGUGCCCACAUCCCAUAGACAUCUCUAUCAUUCACUGCUUCAGCCAUUUGAUUUGGACAUGGUCCAAUAGAAUGUGCAUAUGAGCUCAAUCAAGGAAAUAAACAUGGUGUUGGGUGUGGUCUCCUCACGAGAGCUUAGGAAGCACGCCUUGCAAGUGUGCAUUGAAUUACUUGUGAACUGAUUCUGGAAAGAAUGCUCUGAGAAUGGAUGCAUAUAUUAUGCAAGGUGCUGGAAUUUCCACCACUAUUCUUUUGAAAUUUUAUAACGGAGCUUAUUGAUACAUGGCUGAUUUUUCGUAUAAAGCCAGUAAAGAACCCAAGCAGGUAUUUCAGGGAAAUAAUCUUCAUCCCAAGGUAAGGAACCAUUUUGAAAUGUUUGCAAGUUGAAUCAAAUGAAAAUUCUUCACACCUUUGCCUCGUAACAAACAGCUGUUUAGACACCAAUAAAAUGGGAUUGCGCCGAGAUUUAAGGUUUCGCCUCAGGAAAAACGUUUGCAAAAUUGAAGUGCAAAAAUGGCAACAACUCAAAGAUUUUAAAACUAAGCAACCUCCCAAAAGUUUGCAGUAUCACUUGUGCAAAUCCUCAGACCAUGGAGGAUAGAUGAGUUUCAGUGCAUCUGGCUUGUACACUUCUGAUCAUUGGAAGAGCUCCCAGCGUACAUGUCGUUCUGGACAGCUACAGUGGUAGGAUACUGGUGUCCCAUUUGAGUAGAAUUUCUUGGUUAAAGUGAAAUUUGAUAGAGUUGUGACUGCACAUCUCUAUAGAGUUUGUGCAGUUUUAUUGGUGGGGCAUGCAAGAUUUUUGAAAUGUUGUGUACACGUUGUCUUUUCUAUCCACAAAGCAGUUCUGAAACAUGUAUCUUUAACUUUAUUAAUACUUGCAAACCACGAAAAGCACGUUUUUUGAGCCCCAAUUAUUUUCAUGCAUGUUGAAAGGCCUGUGGAAAAAUUUGACAUAAAAUAAUUUGUGGAAUAGCACAGAGGUGAAGCCAUCAUUGGCUCACAAAACACAUUUUAGGUGUUACGUGAAACCAAAUGGAUCUAUUCACAAAAUGUAAACGUGAGAAUCAAUGAAGGCUGGCUAGAAUUUAAAGGCUAACAUAAGAAGGAGCUCCCAAGCUAUUUACAAAAAGGACAAGAACAGAAUCAGUGCUAGUUAAAUUCCUUUGUUGGUUGUUCGUCAAGAGACUAUUGUCAAACAACUUGAGUAACAGUACUAAAUUAUAGACAUACUUUCCCGUGUGAGACAUGCAAAUAUAAUGUUUAUGUAAAAUUAUAUAUAUAAUAAAGCUUAAAUGAUUACAAAUAUUUUGAAUUGUAACUCUGAUUGUAAUAAUUGUUGCCUGUUUAUCAUUCUGUUGAACCACACUAAGUUAUGCAGGUGUGUAGGCUGGUUUGGCCCCCCGGGGUGCACUUUUCAAGAAAGCGAAACUCCAUCUACCAGCAUUUAAACGAGGAUGGCAAGUGUGCACUUGAAAAGCAGAUUGCCUCCUAUACAUUUUCCUUUUUUUAUUGCUAUUGUACUUUCGGUCGUCGUGUAUAAAAAAAACCACGUACUUUCACCUUAAUCAAAAAACGUACUGCUGUUUGGAAAAAAAAUAUGAAAACCUCAAGGGGAGCUCCCUUCUGCUGGUGGGGGGGGGUUGCGUCCCCACACCCCCAGCCUACGCCCAUGUCAUGGGUUUUGUUGUACAAGUUCUUCCAUCUACUGUUUCCUUUCUGCCAGUGCUCUUGCAACGUAUGAAAUUGAUGAAAAACAUUUUACAGUAUUUUGUGAAUAUUAUAUUAUAUUAUGUACAUUUUUGUUAAGCCAUAUCUCAACUUUCUCAUUGUAAAAGUGGAUAUAUUUGUCAAAAUCCAGUGCCAAUCAAAUUAUCCAGAAAACUUGGCAAUUUCUUGUUGAAACAACGGGAAUGAUUUCCAGAGUUACCAUCAGGAGUACAUUUUUUUCGUUGCAUUUUACCGUCGACUUCAGUUCUUAAGUGAUUAAAACACAUUGGUCCACCGUGAAAUUGUACUUGGUUUUAAUGUAAUCUACUAUUCUCUUCAUAGUUAUCAAUUAAAAUGAAAACAAGUUAUAUUUGUUAAAGUUGACGUCUUUCAAAUGUACGGUAUUUUAUACUUUCAUUUUCUUGCACUACGCAGCUUGAGAGCCAUUUCCAAAAAGGCCCUUCAUAACUAACGUUCGCCCCCUAAAAAGUAUAAACCAUGUAGGAAUCGUAUGUACGGUUACAGACGGUCCAGGAUAAAUAAAGAGAUUAAAUGGCCUCACCAA